GCGAGUUGGCGAGCACAUGCCACGUUGGGAGAAGAGCCAAAAACUGAACUGAACCAGCAACCGAGCUCACGAGGACCAUUUUAACCCCACCCAUAGAAGAAGUAGAGGAAAAAGAAGAAAACAAAAACUCAAGCAAGUGUUUCUUUUUCAAACAAACCUGUAAAACCUACAGCCGACUGAGGAUCUGUGAGACUCGCAAGGAUGCACUUGUUGUCCGCCAGCUGCGUGCGCGCCCUCCUGUUCACCACGCUCCUCUGCCAAGUCAGCGCUUUGGAGACUGUUACCGGCCUGUAUGGGGAAACACUCGAGAUCCCAUGCAACAAUGGAGCCAUGAUGGCAGAUGACGUCAGGAUCACUAAAUGGAAAUAUGACAAAGGAGAUGGACUUUCAGGAGACCUGCUGGUCAAGAAGAAAGCAGAGAAUUUCUCAGUCACAGCCAAUGAUGACUACAAGGGCCGUGUGAGCAUGGCUGCAAACUCCAGUCUGCUGCUUUCUGAAGCUAAGUUGACCGACCAGCGGACUUUCACCUGCAUGGUGGUGGGUGAAGCUGACAUCAAAGAAUACCCAGUUAAUGUGGUGAUCUACAAGGUGCCGGCAGGUCUGGAGAUUUCUGACAAAGCGGCGGAACUAGAGAUUGGCAAACUUACUAAGCUAGGAACAUGUGUUGCACAAGACGCACAUCCAGCUGCCAACAUCUCAUGGUUAAAGAACAAUAAACCCCUGGAGUCAGAUGGGAAAGGGAUUUCCAUCCAGGCCUCUGUGCAGGUAGACCCUGAUACUGGCCUUUCAACCACUUCCUCCGUACUGGAGUACUCAGCCGAGAAGGAAGACACAGAUGCCCAGUUCACCUGCAUCACGCAGCCCACUGUGGGUGCAGAGCUGGUGUCCUCUCCAGUGACCUUCUCUAUCACAUACUCCACAGAGAACAUUGUUCUUCAGGUCAUUGCUCCAGACCCUCUUGUUGAAGGAGACAAUGUGACUCUGAAGUGUGUGGCAGAUGGUAACCCAGCUCCUACAAGCUUUAACUUCCACAUUAAGGACGAUAUGGUGAAGGCGGAGAACACAAAUACUUACACUAUCUCAGAUGUCUCACGUGACAACACUGGCGAAUACAAAUGCUCUCUCAUUGACGACCCCUCGAUGGAAGCUAUUAAGGACAUCACAGUCAACUACCUAGACAUCACUUUAAUCCCCACUGGGAAUAUUGUCAGGAGUGCCGGUGAAGCCCUGAAUCUAACUUUCCAGAUUGGUUCUUCCGGGGAAUCAAAGGUCUCCUGGACAAAGGAUAAUGUUAAACUGGACAAAGAGCCCAAGUUUAACAAGCUGGCCUACUCAGACUCUGGCCUCUAUGAGUGCAAGGUGGAGAUGGGGCCCCUCCUCCGAAAAGCAUCUUUUCAGCUUGUUGUUGAAGGUGCUCCAGUUAUCAAACAGCUGUCCAAACAGCGCGGUGAAGAUGGCCAACAUAAAGUCUUGAUUUGUGAAGCUGAAGGUUCUCCGAAACCGGCCGUCUCCUGGAGCAUCAAUGGCACCUCGAUUGACGAGAGUCCCUUCAUCAAUGGCAAGAUAACUCACAAGAUCACAGUUGUGCCUACUGCAAAUCUGACUGUGUCUUGUACGGUGUCCAAUGAGUUUGGCAUGGACACAAAGGAUAUAAAUGUGUCUUCCUUAUUUGAGGAGGUGAGAAUGGAUAAACAAGACCAACCAGAUGACAAUGACAAAACCAAGUUGAUAGUUGGAGUUGUAGCUGGCCUUCUAAUUGCCACUCUGGUUAUUGCUGUUGCAUACUGGAUCUACAUGAAAAAAUCCAAGCAAGGAAGCUGGAAGACUGGUGAAAAAGAAGAUGGGUCUUCUGAGGAGGAGAAAAAACUGGAGGAAAAAGUGGAGGAAAACAGCCAAAAGGCUGAGGUGUAAAGAAAUGGCAACCAUCCCUUGGGAAUGUGAAAGUGAGACCAUGGAACUUUUGCACAUUUCUCAUCAUCUCUGUCUUGGGAAAAGAAAAAAAACAAGUGUACAUUGGGAUGAGGACAGUUUGGAUUUGGUUUCAGGGAGAAUUUUACUAAACAGCAUAUCUGAACACCCCGAAGCCCCUCAAACCCCCACCCCUCCAAUCCUAAAAAAAUGAAUGGAUACUGUAUGUGAUAUACCUAACUUGUCUGCACUACUGAUACACGUGUAAACUUGUCUACUAUUAGGAUUCAUGUUUGUUAGAUUGGAAUUUGGGAAACUGAGAAAAUGCACAUCAUUUUGGUUUUGUUAGUUGAUGCAAGUAAAAUUACUACUAGACCAGUUGCCUUUGCUGUAAGGAUGUGUAGGCCUGCAUUAGUCUAUGUUUGACUCUCACCGCCAUCGCUUUUCCAUUUCAUCACAGUCAAACAACCUCUGCCUUCAACAUCAGUGUACAAAAUCUGUUAUUUUUGUUGCGUACAUUUCAGUGUGUUCAUUCAGGCAUAAAGAUGUUGAAAUUGAGAUGAAAAUCCUGAAAGGGCUAAGGGUAUAUGGUGUACUCAGCAUUAGUUGUAGAUGGUAAUAUGAUUUACAUUUUGCAUUGCUGGAAGUAGGUUAUGUACCACAAGAAUUCUUUGGUGUUACAUGAUUUGUGUUCAUUAUUUCUUUGCAAAGUACCAGGAGAGAAAAUGACAGAAACUCAGUUCAUUUUGCUUGCCUCUUUUUCAAAUGUACUAUAAAUUGGACAUAACCACUGUAUGACACAAGCAGGUAGAUUAUUGAGAGAAUGUACAGCAUAACUCAGCUCAUUUUACUGGCUUUAAUUGAUUGUUUUACAUGAAGAUUGUUUUACAUAAAGCCAUUGUUUGCUUCCUACUGUUCCCAAGAGAAAGUCCUAGGAUCAUGGUAGUGAAAGGAUUUUAUUUUAAAUGUCAUGCUGAAUUCUCAAAUUGUGCACCAUCAGUGUUGAAGUAUGAUUGUUUUUUGUGCAGCUAUGGCAUCAUUUUGUGAUUGAACACACAGAGAGAACAGGACGUUUGCCUGAAAGUAGCUCCUCUGAUAUGUUUUCCUUCUUUUGAGAAUCUACCUGUAGUUGUUUCAGAUUGUGAUGUGCACUAGGGUUCAUGUUUUUAUGUCAAAUUUGUGUAGAAUACGACUGAAUACGCGCAGCUGUACAUGUCACAAUUUUGGUCAUUUAAGAGCAUUUACUAAAUUUGAAAAUUUUAUCAGACCAGGAUGUAAUUGUGAAAUAUGUGAGAUUAAUUUUCUUUUUGCUAUUUAUAUUGUACAAGAUGAAAUAUCCUGGUAGGAAAAUUCAAUCAUUGUCACAUAAUUCAUAUCUUGAUUGAAAUUGUUGAUAAAUUGCUUGCAAACUUUACAAAAAAGUAAUGUAAUUAAUUUCCAAGUCAUCAGUAGUUUGCUCUGCAUCGGGUUGAAUAAUAGAUUCAGCAUGUGAUAAUCUCAGACCUCCGAGCUGCUGUUUGUUGCCUAACUUGUGUAAAACCAUCUAAUUGGAAGAAUGACCAAAGAAAGUGAACAUUGCCAUGCAAGUAUUGUAAAUAUCUGAUGUUUGUUUUUGUACUUUUGUUUAAAAUAAAGUGUACAUUUGGAAAAGUUAUGUCCACCGGAUGUUAUGUUGUUAUUUUUAAAGUUUUCCAUCUGAUCAUCUUUUGAAAUAAAGACAAA